UUCAGUAGAUUAAAUUAAAUCUGAAAAUAUUUACCAGAUGACAGAACCAUGGGAUGGAAAGCAAGCCUAAUAAAAGUGUUGUGCACUUUCUCUUUAACGGCGUACACUGUUGGACUGAUCCAGGUUUCAGCAGAAACAACCUCAGAUGAAGUCCCUGAGUUCAGAAUUGCUGAAGAUUCCAACUUGGAUUCUGAUAAAUACAGUGAACAUGUUGAGGUGGAGCAAAGUGAGGCAGUGCCAGAGAGACUCUUUAAAACAGCUGAGAUAGCUGAUGCCCUCAUGGGAACCAGUGUGCCUGCAAACACGGGCAUCGAAAAACUGAUCCCAAAAGGUUUCAGAGACUCACUGGAGGCUAGGACAGCAACAGCGCCAUGUGAUGAUAACACAUGUGGAGCUAUUGUGACAUCAGAUGAAACCCUUCAGGCGCUGACCAAUGAGCAGGCUGAGUCUGUCACUCUAGGAACAGUCCUCCCAGAUACCAUGGUAGCAGAGGAGCAGAACUCCACGGAGAUGACUAAAACAUACAAAGUUAAUUGUGACAGAAGGAACAUCACAGGAAUUUCUAACUUCACUGUGCAGGUUCUCAAUGGCUCACAGGAUUUGAUGGAAUUCCUAAAUGCCAACAGCUCAGAGUGCUCUUUGGUGCUCUUCUAUACUACCUGGUGUCAGUUCUCUGCAAAUCUCGCUCCCCACUUCAACGCAUUGCCACGCCUUUUUCCCACACUGCACUUCCUGGCUCUCGACGCCUCUCAGCAUAGCAGUCUCUCCACGCGGUUUGGAACUGUGGCUGUUCCCAACAUUCUUUUGUUUCAAGGUGUAAAACCGAUGGCCAGGUUUAACCAAACAGACAGAACGCUGGGGACCCUGUCAUCCUUUAUAGCUAAUCAAACAGGUUUUGAAGCGGGCUCAGAGCAAGUUGUCAGAGAUGAGGACUACCUCGGACCUCUACCUAAUGUUCCCGUGAAGGGGCUUGAUUGGCUCCUUGUGUUUUCGGUCCUUUUUAUUACUGGUUUUACAGUCUAUGCUAUCCUGCGCACGGACAGCAUACGGUGGCUCCUACCAGGACAAGAACACGAACACCAAGACUAAAAAUUUUAUGCAUAUUCUCAAAAUAAUUUCACAAUGGUUAAUGCUGCCAUAUUUGAAUGAUUUAACUUAUUGCCA